GCCAAGACUGAAAGACUCAUUGAGUGGUAGCUAAAAUAAUACACACCCUCCUCAUCAUAUAGAGUGAGAAAUACGCCCCCACUUUCUCAUUCCUCAACUCUCUCUAUUUCUUUGUCCCCGCGGUCUGCCCCAAGAUUAACUCUCCGUCAAUUUUAAUAUGGGAACUGAAGUGGUAAUGGUGGAUGAGAUUCCUUUCCCUCCACAGGUCACAGUAACCAAGCCAUUGCCAAUAUUGGGUCAUGGAAUUACAGACAUUGAGAUACACUUUCUCCAAAUUAAGUUCACAGCAAUUGGAGUUUACUUGGAUCCUGAGGUUGUGGGACAUUUACAGAAAUGGAAGGGUAAAACAGGAGCUGAGCUAGCUGAAGAUGAUGACUUCUUUGAGGCUCUUAUUUCUGCCCCAGUGGAGAAGCUUGUGAGAAUUGUGGUGAUCAAGGAGAUCAAAGGCUCACAGUACGGCGUGCAGCUAGAGAGCGCUGUGAGGGACCGGUUGGCAGCUGUUGAUAAAUAUGAAGACGAGGAGGAAGCAGCCCUGGAGCUAGUUGUCGAGUUCUUCCAGUCCAAAUACUUCAAGAAAGACUCCGUCAUAACAUUUAGUUUCCCUGCAGGCUCUGCCACCGCAGAGAUUGGCUUCACGAGUGAGGGGAAAGAAGAGUCGAAGAUCAAAGUGGAGAAUGGGAACGUCGUAGAGAUGAUCCAGAAAUGGUACCUUGGUGGAACCAGGGGAGUGUCUCCUACAACCAUCUCAUCCGUGGCAAACACCCUCUCUGCUGAGUUAUCUAAGUGAAUGUAAUAACACUUGUAAUCCAAGUCUGGGCUUUAAUGUUUGUCAUGGUUUGUGAGCCCCAUUGAAAGUUUGUCUCAAGAGUUCUAUUGCCCUAGCAAUAAAAUACAGUGAACCCUCUUGCCUACCCUCUCUCAA